UCUCUGCUGACGGACAUGGCUGAGAAGAUCGUGAUCCCGCUGGUUCAGGAAAACCCAUCACCGCCUGACUCCUGCAAAAGGCUCAGCUUCUUGUGGAGAGAGAGUUCUCGGGGUCUGGAGUGGAAUCAAGCCCACAUCACAGCCGAGCUGCGCAAUUUCCGCUCCACCUGGACCCGGUACACGCAGCAGAACAAACUGAAGUGGAAGGAGCGCGCUGCCAACAAAUCUGCAGACCAGAGCUCCAUCGAGGAGCUGUCUUUGGGUGAAGAGGAAUACUCAGAGGAGGAUGCAGUGCAGCUCUGUCACAAGGACUAGUGUCCUGGUCCGGGCAGCCCGGUGCCUGGUGUGGGUGUCAUGGCAAAUUCUGCCACCCUGCCCACAGGCGCCAAUCUCUACUGUAAGGUGGUGGGGACAAAACAUGUGGCAAUAUAGGACAAAUUCUUAAAAACACAGAUGGCGAGUAUUGAAACGGCGAUAGCGAUAUGAAAUGUUUUCAAUGUGUAUUUUAACUAUAAACUAUUCUGCUUCAGAAACGCUAUGUUUAAUCGCAUUGUUACUUGACAAAUCAUGGUAAUUAUUUAGAAAGGAGUAAGGU